AUGGUUGACAUUAAUCUACAAAGUGAAAAUGAUAUCCUUAUUGGUGAAGACAAUAUUGAAACUGAACCAGAAUCUAUAGUUUUGGCUUAUUUGCGAAAUAAAGAUUCUAUCUUAGAUCAUGACGGAUUGUCUACAACCAGGAAGAAAUCUUCGAUAUUAGAAAAUGUGCCUAAAAUGGAAACAAUACAUGAAGAUAAACAGUUUUCUUCAUUUUCGGGCCAACUCGAAAUUUAUGAACUAUCUGAAAGUUCGUUGGACGUAUACAUCCCAUCCUAUCCUGGCUCGCCACGAUCUCUCAGCAUUAGGCCUAGUAGUUCAACAGGCUCUAUAAUUGAGGAAGAUCCAGUUGUUCUGAAAGCUAUUGAGUUCUUGCAUCAAGACAGAGAUUUUCUUCUAGCAGCUGAAACCGGAAAUCAUAGACUACUAGAAAUUUACAUAAGAAAAGGCACAGAUGUUCAACAAAUCGAUCACAUUGGUCGAAAUGCUCUUCACUUUGCCGUUUGUUCGAAUAAUCUUCGACCUGUUCAAAUUCUUUUGGAUGCUGGAGUAAAUCCAAAUAUCAAAGAUAAUGUUGGGAUGACACCACUCUCUCUUUGUUUAAUGAGAAGGCCAUCAUUGACUGUUGCACAACUUCUCUUUGAUCAUGGAGCGGUACUUGUGCCACGAUCUGAUCCAAUGGACACAGGACUUUUCAUACAAUUUGUAAUGAUGUGUACACCAACGGAAGUAGAACAAGGUAUACUUAAACUUUUAAUAGAAAAAGGAGCUAUUAUAAAUGAUCCUAAUGCACCUGGUGGUCGACAAGCCUUACAUUUUGCAGCUAUGAGUAACAAUACCACUUUGAUUCGUAUACUGGUGGAAUUGGGAGCUGAUUUACAUAUGAGAAACCACAGGGACGAAGAGCCUAUUGAUGUGGCUGACACUUUUCGGUGUACAGAAGCAUACGAACUUCUAUGUGAUUUGAUUGACAAUGAAUCGUCUAGAUCAACAAGAUCUUUAACUAACGAACCUAUUCAAGAUAUAUUGUAGUUCUUACAAAUUAGGUUAGAUAUAUUUUUAAUCCAGAAUAUGAAACAAACAAUAAUUAAAUCCAUUUCAAGUUAUUCGCAACCUUUUUUAUUAACUUCAAUAGGUAUAGCAUUUUAUUUACCUCUUAACGAAGUGCAUUUAUUAUAUAAAAGUCAAUGUCACUUUUCGUUGUAAUUUUAUAACUUAAGAACGGGCUCACCUAUCCAAACCAAAUGUUUAGGUUUUGUUUGGACUAUUUAGUACAUGAUUUAUGUGAAGUUUGCA